AUGCCGCCGCUCAACCGGUUCCCGAGUGGGCCCAACACCAUCUCACCCUACCACCAGCAAUUCCCCUCCCAUGCCCAGCACGCGACGAGCCACCCGCCGCCCAUGGGUGCCACCGCAGCCUACCUUAACGCCCAGGUCGGCGGGAAUCCCUUCGCCGGCAGUAGCAAUCUAUUAGGCCUGGCUGGGGGACUCAAUACCGGCGCCGGCUUCAGCGACACCGAGUUUCCGGGCGUCGUCGCGAGACCGAUGGGGGGCUUCCGGGGAAAGAGCGACUACCACUACCAAUGUCUGCGUACCAACGUAGACCUGUUGAAAGUGAUACAGAUCGGCAUCGCUCUUUUCAACGAAGACGGCGAGCAACCCCCGGCCCGCCCAAACUCGACCGACUCGGCAGAGCUACGGAAGACCGGCAGCCAGGCGCCCAUGCCUUAUGCCUGGCAGUUCAACUUCAAGUUCUCCCUCAAGGAGGACAUGUACAACCAGACGUCCAUCGAAUCCCUGCAGCAGGCGGGCAUCGAUUUUGCGCUUCUCGAGCGGGACGGCAUUGACCCGCACGAGUUCGCGUCCCUCAUAAUCCCGUCCGGCCUCGUCUGCUUCGAAGAUGUCCGCUGGAUAAGCUUCCACGGCGGUUACGACUUCGGCUACCUCACCAAGCUGCUGUUUUGCGAACCGCUACCCUGCGACGAUGCAAUCGAGAUCAUGCAGAAGUUUGAGCAGAAGUCGGGCCUCGAGCACAUCGCCGAGACGCUCAAGCUCAAGCGCGUCGGCAGCGCCCACCAGGCCGGCUCCGACAGCCUGCUGACAGGCCGCGUCUUCUUCGAGCUGCGCAAGCGCAUCUUCAACGGCGACAUCUCGGAUGACCACCUCGGCAAGGUCUGGGGUCUCGGCAUCCCCGAUUUCUCCAUGGGCGGCGGCGGUGGCGGCGGCAUCACCGCCGGUCCCAACCCCUCCAACAACCCCGUCGAGAGCACCCCGCCCGGCCACAACCACCACCCCAACGGCGGCGGUGGCGGCAGCGGCGGCGGAUUGCAAAACGGCGGCGGCACCCCGAGCACCCCCAACACGGGCAGUGUCGCGCUGGCCGGCACCCCCGCCGCCUCGUCCCACAACACCAAUGGCACCGCCAACAUCAGCAACAGCGGCGGCAUGGGCCCCAUGACGCCCGGUGGGGGAGGCGGCGUGUUUGGGGCGUUUGCGUUUGCGGGGAAUGCGCGGUAG